UUUGUGAGGUUUCUCUAGAGCGGAAUGGAGCUGGGGAGAGCAAGGGUCUCCUCUCCCUUCCUCUAGAUCAUCGGCUAUGAGCUCCAAGGAAGACCCAUCCUUUCUGUUACCACCAGAGAAAGACGCCAUUACCAAAUGGUGGUAAGACAUCCAACCAAAAGCAGGCGUCAAGAUUAUGCUGAUUAACUCCAAGUCCCAAGACUCUUGUUGCCUGGAGACCAAGUUUCACAGCGAAGGAGCUUAAGGACAAAACGCAGAGCCUACCAUCUAGCAGUUUCAUGUGACUUCUUCCUCAAACUCAUCACCAUCGGCUCGGGAAGGACAUCCUUCAAAUACACUCCCAUACUUCGAGACCAUGGCCAAGGGUGGGAAAGGCCCCAAGGGCAAAAAGAUCACCCUUAAUGUGGCAAAGAACUGCAUCAAAAUCACAUUUGAUGGGAGAAAACGCCUUGACCUGAGCAAGAUGGGGAUCACCACCUUCCCCAAGUGUAUCUUGCGGCUCAGUGAUAUAGAUGAGCUAGAUCUUAGCCGGAAUAUGAUCAGAAAAAUUCCCGACUCCAUCGCCAAGUUCCAGAACCUGCGAUGGCUCGACCUGCACAGUAACUAUAUUGACAAGCUCCCUGAAUCCAUUGGCCAGAUGACCUCCUUACUCUUCCUCAACGUGAGCAACAACAGGCUGACCACCAACGGGCUGCCUGUGGAGCUGAACCAACUCAAGAACAUCCGCACCGUGAAUCUGGGCCUUAACCACCUGGACAGUGUGCCCACCACACUGGGGGCCCUGAAGGAGCUCCAUGAGGUGGGGCUGCAUGACAAUCUGCUGACUACAAUCCCCGCCAGCAUCGCCAAGCUCCCCAAGCUGAAGAAACUCAACAUAAAGAGGAACCCCUUCCCAAAUGCAGAUGAAUCGGAGAUGUUCGUAGACUCCAUCAAAAGGCUAGAAAACCUCUAUCUGGUGGAAGAGAAGGAUAUGUGUUCAUCCUGCCUGCAGAGAUGCCAACAGGCCAGGGACAAGUUGAAUAAAAUCAAGAGCAUGGCCCCCUCUGCACCGAGAAAGGCCCUCUUUUCCAAUUUGGUUUCACCCAACUCAACGGCCAAGGAUGCCCAGGAAGAAUGGAGGUUACGCUCACCAUCCACCUUCUAGAGUAGCUUAUGGCAAAAUACAUGAAGACCAUUCAGCUAACAGAAAUAAACGACUCUGAAGAGGAAGAGUCCCAAAUUAGAAGACAGAGUGGCACAGGGAACAUUCUGGAAGACAGGCUCUCCGGUGCUGCCCAAGUCACUGAAUUGCUUUAUGAUUUUUUACUUUGUUUACCUUGUUUCUAUGCUACCUGUUUGUGCACAUGUCCUUGAAAGAUAUUUCAUGUGGUUUUCUAGAUGUUGUAAAGAAAACAUGUAAGAAGGUUAUAGGUAUACAUUGAUAGACAAUUAAAGACUUAAGAGUCUACAGUAAGACUGAAAAGUCUUUCAUUCUCUACAUGCCACUCAAAAUGAUACAAUAUCACCACCAGUAACUUGUGAAAAUUACAUGUAUAUAAUUUACAGACAUCAAGGAGCCAAGACACAUAAAAACACACAUCUAGAGAAAUACAUGCACACUAUGAACAAAUUGAAGUGGAAUUUUAACCAUUCCCUUAGUUGUACACAGAAAGGUAGCAAAAGAAAAACAGAAAUAAAGAAAGCAUAGACAAAAAUUAAAAGGUUCCGGUGUUCUAACAUCUUAAUAAUUACACGAAAUGUAAAUGGUCAGUUUUAUUUGUAGUGGCUCUAAAAACAACCAAAUGGCUUUCAAUCCACAAGUAGGUGAACAAAAUCUGGUGUUACAUUUGAACAUUUGAGUACUAGUCAGCGAUAAAAGGAGACAAACUAUUUGAAAUUACAACAACUUGGACAGAUCUAAUGGUGGUAUUCUGGGCUUUAAAGGGCCAGUCUCCAAAAACUACACACACUGUGAUUAUAUUUAUAGAAUAUAAAUGUUUCUCUAAAUGAUAAAAUGCAAGUGGUGACAGGGAAGGUCAGUUGUCAAUAGUCAAGAAUGGCAGGUCUUUCAGCGGUGAGCUUCAUAGUGGAGUGGCAGCACAAGAGCUGCCUUUGAAACAAUGAAGGGAUUGCACAUGAGGAUUAUGGUGGCACUCACAUGAAUCUGGGCACAAGGCAAAAGACACAUCACAGAGAUGUAAACAGGCAUGGGUGGUUCUGGUUUUAAAGCUGUAUAAUUCAGUGGUUAAAAAACCUGCUCCCAUGGAGGGUGGGGAGUGGAUGAUGCAUGUAUAGAGACUCCACAGUUUUACAACUUCCUAUGACUCUACCUUCACCUUAAAAACAAACCUUAAAACAAUUACAGCCUAGCCUCAACAACAGGCAUGUCUUUGUACCUCUCUCCAGUACCUACUUAGAGUCACUAUGUCAUAGUUAACAUGAUACUCUAGCAGACCCAGUAAGCCCUGAGCUGUAUGUAAUUCUUCAGCUAUGCCAUUGAGUUAAGGCGUUUCAAGCAAAGGGACACUGUACCUUCUGUUCACUGGACUCAUUUGAAAGCACUCAUUGUUGAUUGUAUCCUUGCAGGUUCUAAUAGAUUUGCUUU